AUGAGUGAUUUUGCUAAUGCAACGGAGGCUGCAUCUCUAGCCGUCCAAUUUGACCAGACUGGACAGACGGAUAAAGCUGUGGAAUGCUAUCGGACGGCGGCUAGACUAUUGGAUAGGAUUCGUGAUCGUUUUCCUCCUGAAAAGCAAGAAGAUGUGAGGAAUAAAGUGCAGGAGUAUUUAGAACGGGCCACCUUCUUGUUAGAACAACAAGAUAGAGCCCAGCAAGCAGAAUGUGAGCGAGCCAUGCAACAGUGUUACUUCCUCAUGCAACAAGCUCUGGAUGCAGAUGAAGCUAAUCUGAAGGAUAAUGCAUUAAAAUUAUACACACAAGCUGUGGAAUUAGCCGUUUCGGUUAAAUCUAGUGACCCUGAAGUGCAGACAAAGAUUAAAAACUUAGCCGGACAAGCACUUGACAGGGCAGAGGAGUUGAAAGGUAUAAAGCGGAUUGGUUCUCUUUCUAUCAAUGAACCAAGAAAGCCAGUUGUAUCUCCAGUUAGACCUGUACUACAACGGGACCAAAGCAUACAUUUAAAAGUAAGCGGAAAACAAGCCACAUACUCCGAAGAAGAAAAAGAGGUUUUACGUACAACUUCUAAUAUAAAUAACAACUGUUUUCUACCAUUUAUGGAUGUGGAUUUGACGGAGAAGUUUCAAUAUGCUAUUCCGUUUGAGGAUAGAGCCAGUGAAUUAAAGUUGUCUUCUAAACAAGAGAGGGAGUUUGACACUUGGGUGAGACCGCACGAAAUCUGCACUGACCCUAAAAUGGUUGUUGGAGAUCAUGUUGACUGUUUUAGUAUUAAGCAGACUAUAGUAUCAGACUGCUCAUUCGUGGCCUCUUUGGCAGUGAGUGCGUUGUAUGAAAAGAGGUUUAACAAGAAGAUCAUAACGUCUAUUAUUUACCCUAAAAAUAAGAGCAAGUCGCCCAUCUAUAAUCCCUUUGGAAAAUAUAUGGUUAAGCUACAUUUGAAUGGUGUUCGGAGAAAGGUGAUUAUAGAUGACAGGUUACCGUAUAGUAGACACGGGCGGCUCUUGUGUUCGUACUCCAGUAAUAAGAACGAAUUUUGGGUCUCUUUGCUGGAGAAAGCGUAUAUGAAAGUAAUGGGAGGCUAUGACUUUCCUGGCUCGAAUAGUAACAUAGAUCUCCACGCCCUAACAGGGUGGAUACCUGAGCGCGCAGCUAUUAGAAAUGGCGAGGCAGACUUCAACGCGGACGCCCUCUAUGAGAAGAUUAGGACGCGGCUGGAGAAAGGAGAUGUCCUAGUGACCGUGGCUACUGGACCACUGUCCGAUGCUGAGGCAGAACGGACCGGAUUGGUGGCUACUCAUGCUUACGCUGUACUUGAUGUUAGGUUGGCUAAUGGUGUAAAACUCCUAAAACUAAAGAACCCAUGGUCCCAUCUCCGUUGGCGGGGUAACUAUUCAGAGUUGGACCUUGCGCACUGGACGCCAUCUCUCCGUGGACUCCUGAACUACGAUCCCGAUAGUGCUGCGCAGUAUGAUAAUGGCGUGUUCUGGAUAGAUUACGCCAGUAUACUAAACUUCUUUGAUGUUUUCUACCUCAAUUGGAACCCUGAAAUGUUCCAGUACACUUAUUGUAUACAUCAAAAAUGGGACGCCGGUACGGGUCCAGCGAAGGACGCCUACAACAUCGGCGAGAACCCACAAUUUUCUCUACACGUGCAAGGAAAGGGCGCCGUCUGGUUACUGCUCACCCGACAUAUCACACAGAUUGAUGAUUUCAGAGACAACAAGGAGUAUAUCACGCUUUUGGUGUAUAAAAACGGGAGGAGAGUUUAUUAUCCUUACGACCCUGAACCUUAUAAAGACGGCAUAAGGAUCAACAGUCCGCACUACCUCUGCGAACUGAUUAUCGGCGAAGGCAGUGCUGACAAAUACACACUAGUUGUGUCUCAGUACGAAAAGAGUAAAACUAUAUUCUAUACUCUGCGUGCGUACGCGACCUGUCCGUUCACAUUGAGCAAAUUGGAACCGUAUCCGUAUAAAAAGACUCUCAAAGGCGAAUGGACACCUCGUACAGCGGGUGGUUGUGAGAACCACCGCGCUACAUAUCCAAACAACCCGAAAUUCAUCAUCACGGUCCCUGACUCCAGAACUCCUUGUCACAUUGUCGUGGAACUAAAAGGACCCAAACAGUACCAAAUGGGAGUCGACGUAAGAGUCGAGUCCUUAGAUGAUCCUAACGUCACUGCACCGUUCUUAAAGGAGUCUUCUGGACCUUAUAGGGCUGGUUUUGUUGUCCUAGAACUACGCAGUUUACCGGCAGGCCGGUACAUUCUGACUCCAUCCACAUUCUACCCAGGACAAGAGGGGCCAUUCUUCUUAGAACUUCGGUCCACCUGUCCAAUCACAUGCGAGGGACGUAACUAG